AUGUUCAGAAUAAAUAAAUCGGUGACUUUCACAUGUAUUGCACUGCUCAUUUGUCUUAUUUUACUAGUAAACAGUACACUGAGUAUGCGCACAAACAAUGAAAUAAUGGAAUUACCUGACAGUUAUUCACCAGAAUAUGAACAUUUAUGGUCAAAGCACCGUUUUAUCAAGAUACUAUUGAGAAAAAAAAUCGUAAAAUUGAUCAAUCAUUUUAUUCUUAUUAUGGUUAAAGAUUUUAUGUUUGUUCAAAUGUGUACGAUGGGUUAUAAUCAUCAAAUUACUUGA